AUGCCCGAGCUUCCCGAAGUCGAGCGAGCGCGUCGGCGACUCGAAAGGUGAGUCGCCCAUUCCCCACACGUCGUCGAGUCCAGUCCGACACACCGCUCCAUCCAGCAGCUGACGUCACUUGCCCAUCGGAUAUGAUGACUCUCAUAGGCUAGCAGUAGGAAGAAAGAUAGUAUCCGUGAUCGCCUUGGAAGACACGAUCGUGUUUGGCGGCACGACGGCUGCCGCUUUCGCAACCGCUUGUCAGGGGCGGGUCGUUCAGGAGGUGCGGAGGAAGGGCAAGAAUUUUUAUGUGAGUCGUAGGAGGUGCAACUGAGCUCUAAAGAGACUUUGACUCUGGUUUGGUUCUUACAUCUGAUCGACCAGCCGUAUGCACGAUGGUGCAACGUGGGAACCGUGACGCGAUGUCAAACCACUUGACGCGACACGCAGCUGACAUUCUGAAAUCAUCUCCUCCCAGCUCAUCUUGGAUGCCCCAAUCACUCCAAUCUUCCACUUUGGCAUGUCGGGAACAUCCGUCGUACGAGGCGAAUCGGGUCCCGUCUAUCGAGCACCGAGGGCCAAGACGGAUCCGAACGUGUGGCCACCAAAGUAUGCCAAGGCUUGCUUCAAGUUCGAUGAUGGUCAGUAGAUCGCGGAUGUCUGGAUCUGAAACACUUCUCUGAUCAAUCUAAAAGGGAUUCGGCAGGGUCCGAAUGGGCAUUCUGUGAUUCGAGACGAUUCGGAAGGAUCAAAUUGAUCGAAGGUGUCGCCGAGGAGCAGGAACCUCUGGUUUCACUAGGUAGGUACACGCAUCUCCGCAAGGCAGUCUCCCAGCGUAAAAGCUGACUGUAGUCCUUUGUAUUUCUAGGUGCUGAUCCGUUCUUGGCUAUGCCAUCCGUCGAGGUGCUCGCCGAGGCUUUGCGCAAAAGAAACGCCCCUGUCAAAGCCGUGUUGCUGGAUCAGAAUGGGCCUCUCUGUGGCAUCGGGAGUGAGUCUGAAGCUAGAGCACCUCAGGUCGAAAAUAAUCUGAUGGGGAUUUCUUUGAGCAGACUGGAUGAUUGAUGAGAUCCUCUAUCAAGCCAAACUGGUAGCUAUUACGGACCGGUCGCUACAUGUCCUGGAACGUCGUCGCUAACACCCUUCAUCGACUCGCCAUCUUCAGCACCCUUCCCAUCCCGCGUCCGCUCUGACACCAGAAGACGUCAUUAGACUACAUGCCGAAAUCAUCAACGUCACCAACACGGCAUGCGCGGUCGAUGCCGAAUCGCGCCAGUUCCCCAGUCAUUGGCUUUUCGGUGCGAGGUGGAGCAAGGGCAAAAGUAAGGGCAAGACCUUUGUUUUGGUGAGUCUUGAAACUAUAUUUCUCUUGAAGGAAAAGAUAUAUCUAUAUUGAGAUUGUACUCGACUUGCAUUGCAUUCAAAUCCCCGCAGCCGAAUGGAGAGACCACGACCGUGACCUACAUCACCGUGGGAGGACGGACCUCAGCGGUCAUCUCUUCGGUACAGAAAUUGCCGCCGGGACUCUUACAAAAGGUCAAGAAAGAGUCAACAGUCAAGAAGGGGAAACAUAAAGCGAAAGAUGACGAUGAAGAGGAGGACGAGGAGGAAGAACCGGUCUCUAGGGAAGACGAAGACGAAGCUCCGGGCUCGCUCAAGGUUGAGCUGAAAGAGGAACUGAUUGUGAGUCCGAUGACAGGAAUUGUCUGCCAAUUUUCGAGCUAUUGCUCAACUUAAUCCCUAUCUCGUCUGAACGCAGACUUCGCCUCACUUCAAACGCAGUCGGAAGGUCGCCGUGAAGUCUGCAGCCCCUCCGAAACGAAAGCUGGAUCCCGAUCCUGUGCCAGCAAAGCGCCCAAGACGGUCUACGCGCACCUCGAAUGAACACAGAUAG